UCCAUAUAAUAACAAAGAAAAAGAGAGCGUAAUACGGUGUUAUUUUAGUCGCACAAUUUAAAGAUUAUGUCUUUCUCUUCUUCUUCUUCUUCUUCAAUUGCUACUGCUACUAGUAUUAGUAAUGUUUUUGAGACUGGAAAUUACAUGACAGUGCUCCAUAGUGUUGAAGCAGGGAAGUCUUCUGUAACUCCAAUCCCACCUCCAAUCCCACUUUUGAUUGGCAUGCCAUCAUCAGCAGGAGAAUUCCCACUCGUACUUUUGCUUCAUGGUUACCUUCUCUACAACUCUUUCUACUCUCAACUUAUCCAACAUGUUGCUUCCCAUGGCUUCAUUGUUAUUGCUCCCCAGUUAUAUUCCAUUGCUGGACCAGAUGCAAGUGAUGAGAUCAAAUCCGCAGCAGCAACAACAAAUUGGUUAUCUGAGGGACUCCAACACUUGCUUCCACCCAAUGUUCAUGCAAAUCUAAGCAAGCUAGCACUUGCUGGCCAUAGUCGCGGUGGAAAAGCCUCGUUUGCACUAGCUUUGAGAAAAGAACUCACUACCCUCAAAUUUUCUGCCUUAAUAGGCAUUGACCCAGUUGAUGGAAUGAACAAAGGGAAACAAACACCUCCACCAGUACUCACCUAUGUUCCCCAUUCAUUUGAUCUUGAUAUGGCUGUGAUGGUGAUUGGUUCGGGUUUGGGUGAAGUGAAAAGGAAUCCUCUAUUCCCUCCUUGUGCUCCUAAAGGUGUUAACCAUGAGGAUUUCUAUAAUGAAUGUAGAAAGCCUGCUUGCUAUUUUGUAGUCAAGGAUUAUGGUCAUCUUGAUAUGCUAGACGAUGAUACUAAAGGGAUUAGAGGGAAAUCUACUUACUGUUUGUGUAAAAAUGGAAAGUCUAGGGAACCUAUGAGGAAAUUUACAGGAGGGAUUGUGGUUGCAUUCUUGAAAGCUUAUCUAGAAGGUGAUAAUAGCAUAUUAAUGGCUAUAAGGGACAGGCAUGAAAUUGCACCAGUAGAACUUGAAACUGUUCAAUUUCUUUUGUGAAUCUUACAUCGUUUGUUUAAAUAACAGAGGAAUAGGAAUAUAAAAUACAGCAAUUUCCUUA